AUGUACAGAACCGUUCCUCGGUUUGUGAGAUCACAAGGAAACUUGCUGAAGGGACUUUUUGGUAAAAAUUCAGAAAAAGAGACGGUAAAGCAACUGACUGUCGAAGAACAAGAAAGUCUUCGUAAAACUCUUCCCAGUAUUCGUGCCCGAGAAUCUUCCCAAGUUCCAACUAAUGCUGAUGCUGUGGUGGAUUUUGACGAUGCUCUUGUUGACAAACGGAUCGAUACCGACGCGAUUCGAGCUCGAGGUUUCUUGAAAUACUCCUACAAUUAUGCCCCGAGCACUGGAAUCAAGAGCCAAAUCUUGGAAACUGCUACCGAAUGUCUACAAAACGCAGGCGUCUCUUCUGAUAAUAUUGAACAGUACAAAUUCAUUGAUGGCGAUAAUUCCGUAAAGUUUGAGUUAAUCAAUCGACUCGGAAAAUCCACGAAACACUGGCCUACAAACGGGAGACUUCUUCAUUUGGAAACAGUGUCAGACAUUGUGAAGUUCUACGAGGAACCUGUGAAAAAUGUAACCAAAUACACUGAAUAUGCACGAGACGAGAACAAACCAAAAAAUGUAUCGAUUAUGGAACAAGCCGUUCGGUUCCACCCAGAAGACACUCAUGUUCAUCAUGGAGGUGUAACGGCGUUCCCCGGAAGUGGCGGAGACGUGAUUUCUCUUCGCCAAAAACGACUACUCCGACAAUUCCAACCAAAGAAAGAGUGGUUUGAUUACGAGGAUCAGACGUUCGACUAUUCUCGGGUGGACAAAAACAUGCCAUGGGAUCCAGAAGUAGCCGAGCAGAUGGACAGAUAUACUGAUAAACGAUACAAUCAUACCACCAAGCAGUUCACAAGAAUCAAACAGUAA